AUGGCCAAGGCACAGCGCGCGAAGCGCAACGGGUCGGCGCCCAGCUCGCCAUACCAGAAGCCGGCCGCCGCGAAAAAGGCUCCAAUCUUCAAGUUCAACACCAAGAUCGGCCAGCAUAUUCUCAAAAACCCCGCCAUCGCCGAUGCCAUCGUGGCCAAGGCCCACAUCCAACCCGUCGAGACCGUGCUCGAGAUCGGCCCCGGUACCGGUGUUUUAACGACGAGGAUAUUAGACCAUGCCAAGAACGUGAUUGCCGUCGAGCUCGACCCGAGGAUGGCGGCGGAGCUUUCGUGUGUGGUGCAGGGGACGCCAAAGCAGCAGAAGCUGCAGAUCGUGCUGGGAGAUUUCAUCAAGCUCGAGUCGUCGGAGCUCAAGCCGUUCGAUGUCUGCAUCAGCAACACGCCCUACCAGCGCGAAUUCGCCCUCCGACUGAUCGCGCGGCCGGGCGACUCCCUGUACUCGCGAUUAUCCGUCAACACGCAAUUCUUCUCCAAGGUCUCGCACGUAAUGAAGGUGAGCAAGAAGAACUUCACGCCGCCCCCGCAGGUGGAGUCGAGCGUGGUCAGGAUAGAGCCGCGCACGGACAGGCCCAACAUCAGCUGGGACGAGUGGGACGGCAUGCUGCGCGUGUGCUUCAUGCGGAAGAAUAAGACGCUCAAGGCGACGUGGACGGGGAACAAGGUGCGGGCCAUGGUGGAGCAGAAUUGGAUCACCUGGGCCACCAUCAACACGGAGGCCGUGUCCGAGAAGGACUGGAAGGUACUUCGCGGGGAGGAAUCGGUUGACGACCAGGCUGCGGGCGAAGAGGCGGACGCCAUGGAUGAGGAUGGUGAUGAGGACAUGGGUGGCGGCAACGUGAGUGGUGGUGACGAGCCAGACGCGGAGGAGGACAACACCACCCUCCGGAGGCUGGCGGGCAUCAAGCUGAACAAGGGGCUUAUCGCCGCCAAGAUCCGACGCGUGCUCGACUCGACGGGGCUGGGGAGCCAGCGUGCGGCCAAGUGCGACGAGACGGACUUUUGCACCUCUUGA